AUGCCUGGAAGUAAUUGCGCGAUUUAUGGUUGUGGAGCGUGUCGAACGAAAAAAUACAAGGAAAUAUUGAUCUUUAAGCUUCCUAAAGCUGUGGACGAUGAAACAAAGCGAUGGAGAAAUGAAAUUUUGAACGUCAUCACAAGAGAUCGAGUUAUUGAUGUUGGCCUACGAGAACAAAUAAGAGAAGAUCGUGUCUACAUCUGCGAACAACACUUCAGACCAGAUCAACUCUAUUAUUAUAAUAAUCGCAAAACACUUAAAGAAGGUGCUAUUCCGACAGUGAAUUUACCAGAAAAAAGUCUGCCAAAUCAGCCACAAGGAUGUAGGUCAGAAAGCCAGAUUGCCAAGCGUGAAAUUUUGCGUUUUUCAUCUCAUUCAACAGCAGCUCCAUGUUACACAGAUUUCAAACAAUUUAUUAAAAGAGUGGGUGAUUUGAAAUUGGAUAUUGAGAUUAAAGCUAGCACCAACAGCUGCUAUAUUGCAAAAAAGGACAUUCAGUAUACCGUUCCAAAAUUUGAAAUUGUAGUAGAGGAGAAUCUAAGCUUUGCUGUACGUGUGUUCGGGUGGUUGUUAAAGCCAAGUUGCAGUUUUCUGAAACAAUCAGGAUGUACUUUCAAAAAUUUAACUCUAUCAACUCUUAUGAAAGAUCUUCAAACAGCAGUACUUUGCUCAGGAAUUAACACAAGAAUUGGCUUUGAGUAUCAAAACAAAAGUAUGAUCCAUCAUGUUGUUCCCAUGGUUGUUUCCUGUAUGUCUUCGUCAAUGGUAGAGACACCUUUGAAGCAGCAGGAGUACCUGCGUGCAACAUCUUGUGAAGUUUUGCUACAAGAUGAGGGUCAAUGCUUACCAUGCAAAUCAAAAGAGCAGUAUGAAGCAAAACAGAAAAAGAGAAAAGAUGACACAAAAUGUUCUGCUGCAAAACUCAAGGCACCCUUAUCAGCAACUCAUCCAGUACGCAUCAAAUUAGCUCUCCAGGAAAACAGGAUAAAAUGCAAGCAACUUGAAUUGCGGCUUGAGGAGAUGAAGAGAGAAAUUGACACCAAGGCAAAGCCUGUAAGCAAUGACCUUGGAGAUGAUUUGAAAGAAUUAUUCAGAUCUUGCAAUAACAGAAAUAUACCCCCCUUUAUGAAACUUUUCUGGGAAGAGCAACAGAAAUAUUUGCAGCAAAGACCAAGCCAAGUUAGAUACCAUCCAAUGAUUAUUAAGUAUUGCUUGGCACUUGCUGCAAAGUCUACAUCUGCCUAUAAGGAAAUGAGGUUUGAUGAAAAACAUGGAAGUGGUGUGCUAAUUCUUCCAAGCCUCCGUACACUCAGAGACUAUAGACAUUACAUUCACCCAAAAAGAGGUUUUAAUGAUGCUGUCGUCAGUCAGUUGGAGAAAGGAACAAGAGAAUUUACAAAUGUUGAAAGAUACAUCAUAAUUUGCUUUGAUGAAAUGAAGAUACAAGAAGAUCUUGUAUGGGACAAAAAUUCAGGAGAAUUGAUAGGGUUUGUUGAUUUGGGUGACCCUGAAGUCAACUUUGGAACCCUAAAAACAGUUGAUGAAGUUGCAACUCAUGUGCUAGUUUUCCUUGUGAAAAGCGUUGUAAACCCACUGUCAUAUAGUUUUGCAACAUUUGCAACAACAGGGGUCACUUCAGCUCAGCUUUUUCUGUUGUUUCGGCGAGCAGUUGGCAUCCUUGAAGCCGCAUGUAAUUUAUGUGUAAUAGGAGCAGUUGGAGAUGGUGCAUCUUCUAAUCAUUCAUUUUUUCACAUGCACAAACAAAUGGAUGGUAAAGCACAGAAUGGUGUUGUUUAUGGUGUCAAGAAUAUUUAUGCACCAGACAGAUUUGUCUUUUUCUUCAAUGAUGCCCCCCAUCUUAUGAAGACUGCUCGCAACAACCUAGCAAAUUCAGGCUCAAACAAAUCAUCAAGGUUUCUUUGGAACAGUGGCAUUCACAUUCUUUGGAGCCACAUAAGUAAGCUAUAUUAUGAAGAGCUUGAAUUUGGGUUGAAAUUAUUGCCUCGUCUUACCUAUGAGCAUAUCAACCUAACACCUUACUCUGCUAUGAGAGUAAGGCUUGCUGUACAAAUUCUGAGCUCAACUGUGGCCAAGGUUCUUGGUGAAUAUGGCUCUAGUGAUGCAAAAGGCACAGCUGAGUUUUGUUCCCUGAUGGAUAACUUUUUUGACUGUUUCAAUGUCCGCAACAAGCAAGAGCAUUUGCAGAAAGGGAAAAAGUUUUUAAAACCAUUCGAAUCUGAAGAUGAUGAAAGAUUUUCAUGGCUAGAAAAUGUUUUCUUAAAGUUUUUUGCUGACUGGAAGAAAUCAAUUGAAAACAGAGAGGGACAAUAUUCUAAGUCUGAAAAGCAAGCAAUGUUUAUUUCACGACAAACAUACAACGGUCUUCAAAGAUCUGUACACUCAGUGAUCGAGGCAACAAGAUUUCUAUUGUCAAAGGGAGCUCAUUAUGUUUUAACAGAGCGCUUCUGUCAAGAUGAUUUAGAAAACUACUUUGGGAGGCAAAGGUCCAUGGGUCAAAGAAGAGAUAACCCCAAUCUUCAGAGUGUUGGCUAUAAUGACAACAUAAUCAAGAGCCAGUUCAGCAUUGUACCAAUAGCAGGUAAUGUUACUCAUGCUGCAUCAAAGUUCAAUGCUAUUUCCACUGAGCCAUUACCAAAAAGAAAAAGAAAAUGA